GUGAAAACUCUCUCUCUAACUCCCGCUCCAAAACAUUUAUAUAUAAAAAAAACACUUUUGAAAACACAAACAACGUCGUUUUUUUUUUGGUAAACACAAACAACGUUGUUGCUCAGAUUUAUCAGAGUGUAGGAAACAAUAAAUUACUUUUGGGGUUAGAAUAUGAAGCGUAAGCGAGGGCACAAGAAAGGAAAACCAAAAGGGGCUCCUGUGGUGAGUAAGAAUGAGGUAUCCAUAAAUUUGGUGAGUGCAAAUACAGAAGAUAAUUCGGGUUUGGAUGGUUUUGGGAAUGAUAACAAAUAUGAAUCUGGAAUGGAGGUUGAUACACCUUCUUCAACGGGGACUGACCAGCCGUACAAUGUUGCAAGUAUUAAUCCCGAUGGUUCCAUUGAUAAGGCAAUGGGAAAGUCAGUUGGGCGUGUGAAAGUGAAACUGAGGACAAGUAAGAUGUUGGAAUCUCAACAUACUUCUUCCGAUGCACCCACGCACAGUGACACUGAUAAGAGUAGCCAGCAAAUGGGUUUUGAAAGGCAAGGUGUAGGUCUGGAGAGAAUGGAAGAUAGUGCAAACUCAUUGCCUAUUGGUGUUUCAGGAAAUCCAGCUAAGAAAGCUGGGAGUAUCAAGAUUAAAUCGUCGAUGAUCUUGGGUAAUCCAAGUGUUUAUCAAAGUGGUGGUAGUGCUGCUGUUGCUCAGGGUGAGAGUCCACACCAGAAAGAGCUAAAGAUACCUCAUCAGGAUGCUCAAUUUAGUAAGCAAGAACUUGAUGAUUGCUUGACGGUGAUAAAGAAGGUAAUGAAAAUGGAUGCAGCAGAACCCUUCAAUGUCCCUGUGGAUCCUGUAGCUCUGGGAAUUCCCGAUUACUUUGAUGUCAUAGAUACACCAAUGGAUUUUGGAACGAUAUGUGGCAAUCUUGAAAAUGGUGUGAAGUAUAUGAACUCGGAGGAUGUUUAUAAGGAUGUACAGUACAUUUGGGAGAACUGCAAUAAGUAUAACAAUAAAGGUGACUAUAUUUUGGACCUUAUGAAGCGGGUGAAGAAGAAUUUUAUGAAGUAUUGGACAGCUGCUGGGUUAUACAGUGAACAACAAUGGGGAACUAAGGGGGCUGAAAGCAUUCAAGUGGAGGAUGUUUCUGUGUCCAGUCAGGGAAAAGUGCAUGUAAAAGGCAGUCAACCAAAGCAGAAGACAGGAAAACGUCAUGGAAGGCGCCAUAAAAAUGAUUGUUUAUGUGCAAUAUGUGUUCUAAAGCGUCGUAGGAGGGAGCGUGAGGAGAAUGCUCGUCUUGCAAAAGGCCAUAUAGGAGCUACUGAUAAUAAUUAUACUGAGGAGACCCAGCAAGAGGAUGGUCAACAUGUGGAAAGUCCUAGUGCUGAAGAUUCAUCAUCAAAUGAUGAAUCACUAGACCCAGAUGCAGAUGCUGAGGUACAACAGAAAGUAGAUGAGGUGAAAUUGGAUGUUCCUGAGGAGCAGCAUGGUCCUUUGGAGGAGAAGCAAGGGGAGGAGGAAGAGGAGGAAGAAGACGAAGAAGAAGAGGAGGAGGAGGAGGAGGAGGAAGAGAAUGAGUUAGAGACUCAAAAGAAACACAAGAAUGAAACUCCAGAACAGCCACAGUUUGGUGAUAGAUCAGAGGAGGAGCAUGAGAGACAGCCUAAGCUAAGAAUUGUGGAGAAGUCAGGAGUUGGAGUCCGAGUUGAUACUCAGAAAGAGGAUAUAUUAAUGAGGCAGGAAGCCAAAACUGCUGCAGCACAACAACAGAAACAUAAGGAAUUACAAGAAAAGCACAAAAAAUCUAAAGUGUGUAAGAACCUCGAGCUAGAAAAUCCCAUGCUUUUGGACUUAUGCGGAAUUCUCUUCCCUGACAACCAUAAGUCUGUCUGGAGUGGACCCCAUUCACUGAAUCAGCAUCAUCGUUCUGCUCGUACUAGUUCCAUCCAUGCAGCUAUUGCAACUUUCAUGAAAUAGGUGCUUGUUCUGAUGCAUGUACAUUGGUUGCGUAGAUCUGAGUGUUUGAUGCUGAAGUGUACUUCUCCUUGCACUUACUAUAGGAUGCAUGCUGUGUCAAAGGAGAAUGAGCAUGCACAGCUGGACGCUUGUUUUAGAAUUACUUCUCUCACAAAAGCUGCUGGUCAAAUGAUUUCAAAAGUAGUUUCGAGUCAUCAAUGUAAUGGUUUUCAGGAGUUACUUGGAGGGAUAUAAUAUUACAUGUGAGAUUGUACAUGAUCUAGCAAGAUUCAAGAAUUUGGUUCUUCACCGUGUAUCUGCAAAUGACAAUUCUAACUUGUAAAAGCACAUUUUCAGUUUAUGUUUUAUGAUGAGUUAGAUUGCAAAUGGUUUAUGGCAA